AUGCAUGGCAAGCAUCUUUCAAUAAGUAAUACUCCUCGUGGUUUCCUUGGCUUAGCCACCACAUCAAUCGUCGAUGCUUCCUUCUCCACUACAACCACUCCCAAAUUAACCAUAGCAUCAUCAACAGCCAUGGAAGAACUCAAGACCCAUGUCUGCAGAAUCGAAAGUGAACCCACAGCACACAUUGUAGCAAUCUAUGCUGCUUGA